AUCUCCGUUUCGGCCUGUGCAGGGUCUAAGCUGCUAAAGAAGCUUUAACCUUAAGGGGGCCUCAGGGAGAGAGGAGUUGUGCUGCCGCUGCUGAGAGCCCCACCUCCGCGCCUCCCGGUCCCGGGUCCCGGCCUGUGGCGGCGAGAGGCGGCCUCAGGAGGCAGUGGAGGCGACGGCGGCCGACCUGCCCGGGUCUCCCUCGCUCCGUGCAGGACUGGGAGAGGGUAUCCGCCAUAUUGGAGCCGGAACCGAAGGUGCUUUGCAGCCGCGGCGGGAGGCGGGAGGAGGUGGCGGCCCUGGCCUGGAUGUGAGAGGAGUCGGCUGCGCCCUGGCCCGCAAGCCUGGGGAGUGAAUGAGCUGCUUAGGCUAGUAUCCUCCCCGCCCACUCUCUCCACUUUCCGCCGCCGGGGCCGGGCCGGAGUCCCCGAGUCGGCUGUGGCGGCGGCAGCGGCAGGAUGUUCUCCAAGAAGCCGCACGGGGACGUGAAGAAGUCUACCCAGAAGGUGCUGGACACCAAGAAGGACGCGCUGACCCGUCUCAAGCACCUGCGCAUCGUCAUCGAGAAUGCAGAGUCUAUCGAUCUUAAACAGUUUUUUGACCAACAUUUUUCACAUAUAUAUUAUGUGUUCUUUGAGAAUUUUGUGACUAUUGAAGCUAGUCUGAAACAGAAAGGUCACAAAUCUCAAAGGGAGGAAUUGGAUGCUAUACUUUUUAUUUUUGAGAAAAUUUUACAACUUCUUCCAGAAAGAAUUCAUCAGCGAUGGCAGUUUCAUAGUAUUGGAUUGAUUUUAAAGAAACUACUCCACACAGGAAACUCCUUGAAGAUCAGGCGGGAAGGUGUUCGUCUUUUUUUAUUAUGGUUACAAGCUCUUCAGAAUAACUGUAGCAAAGAACAACUUUGGAUGUUUUCUUGCUUAAUUCCCGGAUUUUCAGCACUACAAUCUGAACAUGGACCUCGAACUUUAGAUAAUCUCAUUAAUCCUCCACUCAACCUUCAAGAAACUCAAGUCACUAUAGAGGAAAUCACUCCUCUUGUCCCCCCACAAUCAGGAGACAAAGGACAAGAAGAUCUCACAAGCUAUUUUCUUGAAGCACUUUUAAAAUAUAUAGUAAUUCAGGUAAAAAGUUUAGAAUGGAAGAACAAAGAAAACCAAGAAAGGGGAUUUUCAUUUUUGUUUUCACAUUUUAAGAAAUAUUACUUGCCUUAUAUUUUCCCAAACAUCUGCAAGGAGAAUAGUUUAUAUCAUCCUGUACUUGAUAUCCCACAGGUGAGACCAAAGCCACAUUAUGUUAUGAUAAAGAAGGAUGCUGAAACCAAUGAAGCAAUCUAUUGUACAAAGGAGCCUUUCAUUAAGGCUCGGGUUAUUGUCAUUCGUUGGCUGGUUUCUUUCUGGCUUGAGCCAAAGCCACAUACAGGACCUCAUAUUCCUGGGAUGGAAGGUGAAGUCUUGCCAAAGAAUAUUCAGAGAGCAGCUGCUAGUUUGGUAUCCAGAGAAGAAAACAAAAAUGAUAAUGCUGAUAAAGCAGAUAGAACUACAGAACCAGAACAGUCCCAUUCUAAUACAAGCACUCUCACGGAGCGAGAACCUAGCUCAUCUAGUCUCUGCAGUAUUGAUGAAGAACAUCUCACAGACAUUGAAAUAGUUCGCAGAGUUUUUUCUUCUAAAAGAAGUAAUGUAAACUUUGUCACAGAGAUAUUUCGUCAGGCAUUUUUAUUACCAAUUUGUGAAGCAGCAGCUAUGAGAAAAGUGGUGAAAGUAUAUCAAGAAUGGAUCCAGCAAGAAGAAAAACCUUUGUUUAUGCAAGAGCCUGAAGAAAUUGUGAUCUCCUCUUCAGACUUACCUUGUAUUGACAAUGUCACAGACCAUGUUAUUUCAAUGGAAGAAGGAGAAAAGAGAGAAGAGGAAAAUGGGACUGAUGUUGCUGAUCAUGUUCGAAAUUCUACUUGGACAAAAAAUAGCACCUACCAAGAUGUUCUUCAUAAUGCCUCCGAAGAAGCCACAGAACAAAACAUACGAGCUGGUACCCAGGCGGUUUUGCAGGUGUUUAUUAUAAACUCAUCAAACAUAUUUCUUCUUGAACCUGCAAAUGAAAUUAAAAACCUUCUGGAUGAGCACACAGAUAUGUGUAAACGCAUUCUUAACAUUUAUCGGUUCAUGGUUGUGCAAGUAUCAAUGGACAAAAAAACUUGGGAACAGAUGCUGCUUGUGUUGCUCAGAGUCACGGAGUCUGUACUGAAGAUGCCAUCACAAGCUUUUCUACAGUUCCAGGGGAAAAAAAAUAUGACCUUGGCAGGUCGACUUGCAGGACCACUUUUCCAGACUCUUAUCGUUGCCUGGAUCAAAGCAAAUCUAAAUGUGUACAUCUCUCGAGAACUAUGGGAUGACUUACUCUCAGUAUUAUCAUCAUUGACCUAUUGGGAGGAGUUAGCCACUGAGUGGUCACUGACUAUGGAAACACUAACUAAAGUUUUAGCUAGAAAUUUAUAUAGUUUGGAUCUCAGUGAUUUACCAUUGGAUAAGCUGAGUGAACAGAAGCAAAAAAAGCACAAAGGGAAAGGAGUUGGACAUGAAUUUCAGAAAGUUUCAGUUGACAAGUCAUUUUCUAGAGGAUGGAGUCGUGAUCAGCCUGGCCAAGCCCCAAUGAGACAGAGAAGUGCAACAACUACUGGGUCCCCAGGAACUGAAAAGGCAAGGAGUAUAGUACGGCAAAAAACUGUUGAUAUUGAUGAUGCUCAAAUACUUCCCCGCCCAACUAGAGUCAGACAUUUUUCACAAAGUGAAGACACUGGAAAUGAAGUUUUUGGUGCUUUGAAUGAGGAACAACCAUUGCCUCGAAGUAGCAGCACUUCUGACAUCUUGGAACCAUUCACUGUUGAACGAGCCAAAGGUGCAGUUCCUGUCAUUGACAGUUCAUCCCGUCAUGCGCCAAGCUUGCAGAGUUCCACAGAGGCUUCUUCAAUAACUAGAUCCACUGAAAGCCACAUCACUGAUACUCAUAGUAGAGAGUCUUCUCUGGAAGUUGGUGAUAGCAUAUAUGAUCAUCUUUGUCACUUAAUAGAUCCAGUAGAACUUGCAGAUUCAGCUUUUGAACAAAUCCAGUACAUUGACCUUGAAGGAGAUGACGAUCUUCUUUCCUCCCUGAAAGAAUAUUUUAAGGAAAACCAGGAAAAUCAUAGUAGAAAUGAGUUAGGUAAAGAUGUAGCUUCUCAGGAAUUGAUUGUUGGAGUAAAUAGGGAUGAACAGUCAUCCUUAGAUAAAUUAGAAUACAUAGACCAGGAAAGUAAAUCAGAAAAUAUCACCUCUUUUGUUGGGACUCCUGAAAACAUUCAGUUUCAAAAAGAACCAAACUCAGCUGUCUUCGUGAGUAGUAUUGCACCUAACCAGUUAGACAGUUUUAUGAGAACAAAAACUUAUGAAAAAGCUAAGGAACUAAACAGUGAUAAACAGUCAUCAGAACCUAGUUCAGGUAGCCCUUGUGAUAAAGAAAUGAGGAAACACCUGUAUAGACAAACAGCCACAGAAUUAGAUGCCUGUGUAGAUACAACACUAGCUGAAAAGGUUAGUAAGGGUGUGCAAAUUAAUGAAAAAAUCACUGUCCCACAUGUUAUGCAUGCCAAGAAAACUACACUAAAAACACCUGUUAACCACAGACUGCCUCAUGUUACAAACACUAGCAAGCUUUCUCCAACUAAAAGGAGCUUGUCUGAAACGGUAACUCCUAGAGCCAAAAUCAUGAAAAUUACUACUAAAAAACGAAAUACUGUUCAUGUUACUUUUAGACCAUCUACUGAGUCAGUUCAGUUUUAUAAUCCUCUGGAAAACAAAGAGGCUCCAUGGAAGAUGAGACUGCGGAAGCUUGGUGGUUUUAGUAGUAGUAGUAAUAGCAACAGCAGCACCAGCAACCCCCAUGCCAGCUCAAAUAGUUUUACAGAGAUAGUGAAACCUGGUGUGUACAGGCCUCUAGAUUCAGUUGGUACAGCAUCAGUAAGUAGCAAAACAAGUAAGGAAUCUACAGAGAUUCCCACCACUAUAUUACAAAAAGAAGGAAUUGCAAGUAAUCAGUUAGGUAGUCGUAGUACUCUUAGGUCAUCAAGUCAUGAGGCAGGACUACAGCAGGGCUCCCUGGGUGGCGUUUAUAAAACUGUUGUACAUGCUCUUUCGAAGCCGAAGGCAAAUGUUUCCCCACAGAGGCAGAACAGAAUGCCACCAGAGGCUCCACUGAGGGAUCUGUACAGUCAUGUAAUGGGCUAUUUUGGAAGGAAAGCUGCAGUCAAUAAAGAGGACAUGAGCCCAAAACUGCCCCCUCUUAAUAGUGAUAUUGGCAGCAGCAAUGCUAAUGUUCCUGAUCUGAUGGAUGAGUUUAUAGCAGAACGACUUCGAAGUGGUAAUGCCUCAACUAUGACAAGAAGGGGAAGUAGUCCAGGCAGUCUUGAAAUUCCCAAAGACCUCCCUGAUGUUCUAAACAAGCAAAACCAAAUGCGCCCUAUUGAUGACCCAGGUGUGCCCUCAGAAUGGACUUCUCCUGCCAGUGCAGGGAGCAGUGAUCUUAUCAGCUCAGAUAGUCAUUCGGAUUCUUUCAGCGCUUUCCAAUACGAUGGCCGAAAAUUUGACAAUUUUGGCUUUGGAGCUGAUGCUGGGAUUGCAUCCUCUGCUGAUGUGGACUCAGGUUCUGGCCAUCACCAAAGUGCUGAAGAGCAAGAAGUGGCUAGUCUAACCACACUUCAGUUGGAUUCUGAAACAAGCAGUCUUAAUCAACAAGCUUUCUCCGCUGAAGUUGCAACGGUUACUGGUUCAGAAAGUGCUUCUCCAGUCCAUUCAGCUCUGGGAUCCAGGUCACAGACGCCUUCUCCUUCCACACUGAAUAUAGAUCACAUGGAACAGAAAGAUCUGCAGCUUGAUGAGAAGCUCCACCAUUCUGUUCUUCAGACGCCAGAUGACCUAGAAAUCAGUGAAUUUCCAUCUGAAUGUUGUAGUGUGAUGGCAGGGGGUACACUCACAGGAUGGCACGCUGAUGUUGCUACUGUAAUGUGGCGAAGAAUGCUAGGCAUUUUGGGAGAUGUCAACGCUAUUAUGGAUCCUGAAAUACAUGCCCAAGUUUUUGAUUACCUCUGUGAGCUUUGGCAAAAUCUAGCUAAGAUUAGAGAUAAUCUUGGCAUUUCAACUGAUAACCUGACCUCCCCUUCACCACCAGUUUUGAUACCUCCACUGAGAAUUCUUACACCUUGGCUUUUCAAGGCAACCAUGUUGACUGAUAAAUAUAAACAAGGUAAAUUACACGCUUACAAACUUAUUUGUAAUACAAUGAAAAGAAGACAAGAUGUUUCUCCAAAUAGAGAUUUUCUAACACAUUUCUACAAUAUAAUGCAUUGUGGAUUACUUCAUAUUGAUCAGGAUAUUGUCAAUACAAUCAUCAAGCACUGCUCACCUCAGUUUUUUUCACUUGGUUUGCCUGGUGCCACAAUGCUUAUUAUGGAUUUUAUUGUAGCAGCUGGUAGAGUGGCUUCUUCAGCUUUUCUCAAUGCACCAAGAGUGGAAGCACAAGUUCUUCUGGGAUCCUUGGUUUGUUUUCCUAACUUAUAUUGUGAACUCCCUGCUCUCCAUCCCAACAUUCCUGAUAUUGCCAUGUCUCAGUUUACAGAUGUUAAGGAACUUAUAAUCAAAACUGUAUUAAGCUCAGCAAGAGAUGAGCCCUCUGGCCCUGCACGAUGUGUAGCACUGUGCAGUUUAGGUAUUUGGAUUUGUGAAGAACUAGUCCAUGAGUCUCAUCAUCCUCAAAUUAAGGAAGCUCUGAAUGUAAUUUGUGUUUCCUUAAAGUUUACCAAUAAAACAGUAGCCCAUGUAGCUUGUAACAUGCUUCACAUGCUGGUUCAUUAUGUACCUAGACUUCAGAUUUACCAACCUGAUUCUCCCUUGAAAAUUAUUCAAAUCCUAAUAGCCACUAUUACCCAUCUUUUGCCAAGUACAGAAGCUUCAUCUUAUGAAAUGGAUAAGAGGUUGGUUGUAUCCUUACUUCUGUGCCUCCUGGACUGGAUCAUGGCCUUACCUCUAAAGACACUUCUCCAACCAGUCCAUGCUACAGGAGCAGAAAAUGAUAAAAUAGAAAAAUCUGUCCUCAAUUGCAUUUAUAAGGUAUUACAUGGGUGUGUUUAUGGAGCUCAGUGUUUUAGCAAUCCAAGGUAUUUUCCAAUGAGCCUCUCUGACUUGGCAUCUGUAGAUUAUGACCCUUUUAUGCAUUUGGAAAGUCUGAAAGAGCCUGAACCUCUUCACUCUCCAGAUUCGGAACGAUCUUCUAAACUUCAGCCAGUGACAGAAGUGAAAACUCAGAUGCAACAAGGAUUAAUCUCUAUAGCCGCCCGCACUGUUAUUACACAUCUGGUAAAUCACUUGGGCCAUUAUCCAAUGAGUGGUGGUCCUGCUAUGUUAACAAGUCAGGUGUGUGAAAAUCAUGACAAUCAUUACAGUGAAAGUACUGAACUUUCUCCUGAACUCUUUGAGAGUCCAAAUAUCCAGUUCUUUGUGUUGAACAAUACAACCUUAGUGUCCUGUAUCCAGAUCAGAUCAGAAGAGAGUAUACCUGGAGGAGGUUUAUCAGCUGGCCUUGCAUCAGCCAAUUCAAAUGUCAGAAUCAUAGUACGUGAUCUCUCCGGAAAAUAUUCCUGGGAUUCUGCCAUCCUGUAUGGACCACCUCCUGUGAGUGGCUUGUCAGAACCUACAUCUCUCAUACUUUCAUCAUCUCGUCAAGAGAAGGCAGAAGAGCCUCCUACAUCUAAUGAAUGCUUAGAAGAUAUAACAGUAAAUGAUGGGGUUUCCCUCCAGUUUAAAAGAGGAUUUAGAGAAACUGUACCAACUUGGGAUACCAUAAGAGAUGAAGAAGAUGUUCUUGAUGAGCUUUUGCAAUAUUUAGGUAUAACUAGUCCUGAAUGCUUGCAGAGAACUGGAAUUUCACUUAAUAUUCCUGCUCCACAACCUGUGUGCAUUUCUGAAAAACAGGAAAAUGAUGUUAUUAAUGCUAUCCUUAAGCAGCAUACAGAGGAAAAAGAAUUUGUUGAGAAACACUUUAAUGACUUAAACAUGAAAGCUGUGGAGCAAGAUGAACCAACACCUCAAAAGCCUCAGUCAGCAUUUUAUUAUUGCAGAUUGCUUCUUAGCAUAUUGGGAAUGAACUCCUGGGACAAAAGGAGGAGCUUUCAUCUCCUAAAGAAAAAUGAGAAACUACUGAGAGAACUUAGGAACCUGGAUUCCAGACAGUGUCGAGAGACUCACAAGAUCGCAGUGUUCUAUGUUGCUGAAGGACAAGAAGACAAACAUUCCAUUCUCACCAAUACAGGUGGAAGUCAAGCAUAUGAAGAUUUUGUAGCCGGUCUUGGUUGGGAGGUCAAUCUUACAAACCACUGUGGUUUCAUGGGAGGACUACAAAAAAACAAAAGCACUGGAUUGACCACACCGUAUUUUGCUACCUCCACAGUAGAAGUAAUAUUUCAUGUAUCAACAAGAAUGCCUUCUGAUACUGAUGACUCUUUGACCAAAAAAUUGAGACAUUUGGGAAAUGAUGAAGUACACAUUGUUUGGUCAGAGCAUACUAGAGACUACAGGAGAGGAAUUAUUCCUACAGAAUUUGGUGAUGUCCUUAUUGUCAUAUAUCCAAUGAAAAAUCACAUGUUCAGUAUCCAGAUAAUGAAAAAACCAGAGGUUCCCUUCUUUGGUCCACUUUUUGAUGGUGCUAUUGUGAAUGGAAAAGUUCUACCCAUUAUGGUUCGAGCAACAGCUAUAAAUGCAAGCCGUGCUCUAAAAUCUCUGAUUCCACUGUAUCAAAACUUCUAUGAGGAGAGAGCACGAUACCUGCAAACAAUUGUCCAGCAUCAUUUAGAACCAACGACAUUUGAAGAUUUUGCAGCACAGGUUUUUUCUCCAGCUCCCUACCAUCAUUUACCAUCUGAUGCCGAUCAUUAAAUAUCAGUUCUGUUUAUCUGAAGUUGGUUUUCCAGUAUGGGUCCAGUAUGAACCAAUUCAGAUCUUCAGGAAGAGUAAAGGUGAACAGAAAUAUAUUUCCUUCUCCUUGUGUUUUGAAGGCCAACCUCAUUUCAGUUAGAAAACAAAGAAUUGUUGGAGAAAUUACUUUGAAAAGAAGGGCAAUUGGACCUAGAUUCCAAGUAGUGAGAAAAUAUUUCUUCCCUGAUAAUAUGUUUGUUCUGAAGUAUAAUUGUAACACUUCACCUUAAAAACACUCUGAAGUAUUCUACCAAGAUAGAUUCUUAAUAAUACAUCUCUGUAAGAUCAGUACCCCUUAUUGAACAGUUUUGUUCAAUAUUCAUAACUUCAAUUUAGGCACAAAUGUUUCAUUAUAUGGAAGUGUUAGUAUGAUUAUUUCCACGCUUGAAAUUUCUCUGAGGUGCUCCUUUGGCUAACAAAUAUGCCAAAAGUUUUCCUGCAGAGUGAAGAAAUGUAUAAUAAGCCUGCAGCCUGUGUGAGGUGUUUGUGACAUACAUAAAGAAAAUGUUCACAUACAUAAGGCCCAGAAAAUCUGGAUUAAAGUGUCUUAAAAUAUACAGAAUUUUUAAAUUUUUGUUCUAUUUUCAGAUUUUUUUUUUGGAGGGCUUUUAUUUUUAAUGUAACUUCUUAUUCAGAAAAUAUCUGAAGGCCUAUAGUGUGCAAAGUUCUAUAGCAUUGCUGUAUGUUAGAGAAUCAUAAUUCAUAGAAAUACGGUGCAGAGGUAAAGAUACUACUUCGUAAAUAACACAAAAAAAUUUCCAAUUUGAAUUUGUUUUUGCUUCUUUUAAUGUUUGUUCAUCCUACUGGCUAUUUACUUGCUGUCACUGGAUGGAGUAACUGCAAAAAUUUAAGUUAAGGAAAACAAAAGCAUUGCUUAUCUCUUCUAAAUGGAAGACAUUUUGAGGGGUCAACUUGUCUUUAUUAAAUUUCAGAUAAGAGUUCUUGUCUUCUUCCUUCCCCUAGGAAUUUAUCUUGCCCCUUUCUAAAAGCAUAUUUAAAUACCCAGCGUGUAUAAUGGUCUCAUUGUGUUGAAUUUCUUUUUAGAACCAUUCGGUGCUGUUGUUUUCAAGUUCGAGCAAUGGAGACCCUUUUCUUGGUUAUACCCUGUACUUUAGAGAUAGGAAUUGGUCCUUCUCUCACCUGCUUCUUAAGCCCUUCCCUGCAUGCUAAUGAUGCUUUGGAUCCCUGUCCUGUCUGGCCCAAAGAUUUUGCUUCCCAUUGCUUUUUCUGAGGAGCUCUCUGGUUAGUCCUGGCUCUGGAAACAGUGAUUGGUGCUUUCUUGCUAAUAUAAUUACAUGAGCCACCAGAUGACUGGGUUUUAAAUAAAAUCUUAGUAGGCUGUUCUAAAAGGCAAGUUUUGGCCUUGCUUUUUCCCCUCAAAAGACCUCAUUAAGGGUUGGGAUCCAUGCUACAAAUGAGUAGCAGAUUAUAUCUUAUGGGGUGAGAGGCCAGACGACAUGUGCUAAUGCUCUUAAUAUUUCCCACAGGCUCCUACCCAGAGAUUCUAUCCAGUGAAACUCCCACAGCAACGCAGGUAGACGGGGCUGACCUGGCCUCUCCAAUGUCUCCUCGAACUAGCAAAAGCCGCAUGUCCAUGAAGCUGCGUCGAUCCUCUGGCUCAGCCA